CGGGCAGUUCAUGUACCCACACACACACAAGAACACGCGCCACAUUUGUCAUUCAGACAUUCAGUUUGUGCUGGCUGGGCACUUACUGCAUCGAUCGAUCUCCUCUUCAGAACAAGAAGAGAUCAGCUUUGGAGCUAGCUAGCUUAGCUAGCCGGCUGAGCUAAUUUCGCCUUGCUUUGGUUUUUGUUUUUAGUUUAUCUGAAGGAGAGGGAUUUGUAAGUGCAAGGAACUAAAGCGGCAUCUAUAACAGAUGGAGGAUUUGGCAAAGUUCUUGUUUGGAGUUUCUGGCAAUGUCAUCGCGCUCUUCCUCUUCUUAUCCCCAGUGCCUACUUUCUGGAGGAUCAUUCGGAGGAAAUCAACAGAGGAUUUCUCUGGGGUGCCAUACAACAUGACACUCAUCAACUGCCUCCUCUCUGCAUGGUACGGGCUGCCGUUCGUGUCCCCAAACAACAUCCUGGUGUCGACGAUCAACGGCGCCGGCGCGGUGAUCGAGACGGCGUACGUGGUGGUGUUCCUCGUGUUCGCCUCCACCCACAAGACGCGGCUGCGCACGCUCGGCCUCGCCGCGGCCGUCGCGUCGGUGUUCGCGGCGGUGGCGCUCGUCUCCCUCCUCGCCCUCCACGGCCAGCACCGCAAGCUCCUCUGCGGCGUCGCCGCCACCGUCUGCUCCAUCUGCAUGUACGCCUCCCCCCUCUCCAUCAUGAGGCUGGUGAUCAAGACGAAGAGCGUGGAGUACAUGCCGUUCCUGAUGUCGCUGGCCGUGUUCCUGUGCGGCACGUCGUGGUUCAUCUACGGCUUGCUCGGCCGCGACCCCUUCGUCACGAUUCCGAACGGGUGCGGGAGCUUUCUUGGCGCCGUGCAGCUGGUGCUCUACGCCAUCUACCGCAACAACAAGGGCGCCGGCGGCGGCAGCGGCGGCAAGCAGGCCGGCGACGACGACGUGGAGAUGGCCGAGGGGAGGAACAACAAGGUCGCCGACGGCGGCGCCGCCGACGACGACUCGACGGCCGGCGGCAAGGCGGGCACCGAAGUGUAGCUCUGGCGUGCGUCUCGAAUCGGCUAAGAUUUCCCGCGUGUGUUCUACUUCUACAAGUAGUAAUAUUAGCUAGACCCUUGCUGCUUUGAUCUUUACUAGAAAGGAGAGCGCGGCGCCACGCCGCGCGCGAUGGCAAAUAGUUCUACAUAAAAUGGUUAGAUAGUAGAUACAUAUUUUGAUAAAUAUAGUCUACAUUUGUUUAAUAAACAGAGUACAAUGAAGUAUAAGUCAUCCUUGCGAAUCCA